GUUGAGGAGGAAGAGCGCGACUUUCACGCGGAUGACGGGGUUAGGAACGAUCAGAAAAAGCAGAUGCAAAAACAGGACAGAAUAUCGAGUACGACGACGCCAGCAACAGGAGCUUCGAACUACGACACUGCAACGUCGAUGACCCCUAGGCUACCUAGUAACUACAACGCGCUGCCAGCAUGGCGAUGGCAUCAGGAACGCGGU